CAAGAUGGCGACCUCCAUCGUUCUGUAUUAUACGGUAUCGGCAAAAAUGACAUUAUAAACACCCGUCGAAACUUUUGGUCUGGUUCGCUGAAAAGACGAGUCGGUAUAGUAUAUAGAAUCUGAAACUCAAAAAUCGCGUCCAAUGCUUUGUGCAUUUGCACAGCUGGGAGCGGUGUAAAGUCAGUCUGAGGGGAUUUUCUAUAUCCGAGCAUGGCCACCGACAACAGAAUUAAUUUCUGGAGAAAAAGCGCAAAGGUUCCCGGAAGCAUUCAGCCGGUUUACGGAGCGCAGCACCCUCCGCUUGACCCUCGAAUACAGCACACGUUUCCUAAAGACACUCCAAAGGCAAACAGUCUCAAGACCAAAAAGGCGUCUAGUUUCCACGAGUUUGCCCGUAGCACCAACGAUGCGUGGGACAUUGAUGACGAGGAGGACGAGGACUUUGCUCCCUGCCAUCCUGCAACCCUCCCGCCCACCCCGCACUCCACGAGCCAUGCUCCUCCGCCGCCUCCUCCUUCACAGCCCGCUGACAGCAACGGAGACCCGCGGUCGCCGGGGCAGCUGGACGUGGCCGCGGCAGAGCUCCGCCUGCGGCCGGAGGAGGACACGGCCGGAGGACAGGUCAACGGGAGAGUGGUGGUGAAGUCCAGCAGUGAAGCCCUGCUCAACACCAACACAGCACGGUCCACACUGCAGAAGCAGCAGUCUCUGCCCGUCCGACCCAUCAUCCCUUUAGUCGCCAGAAUCUCGGACCAAAACUCCUCAGGGGCCCCAACCAUGACAGUGAGAGACAAGAGCCGAUUGGACAAAUUCAAAUAUCUUCUGUCUUGUCCGAACACGGACCUUGAGGAGCUCCGGAAACACAGCUGGUCAGGCAUUCCACGAGAAGUACGGCCAAUCACAUGGAGGCUGCUCUCUGGUUACCUCCCUGCCAACAUGGAGCGCAGGGAACAGGUGCUGAAGAGAAAGAGGGAUGAGUACUUUGGCUUCAUCGAACAGUAUUACCACUCCAGGACAGACGAGACAUACAGAGACACAUACAGACAGAUUCACAUUGAUAUCCCCAGGACAAACCCCCUGAUUCCACUGUUUCAGCAGCCCACAGUACAAGAGGUGUUUGAGAGGAUCCUCUUCAUCUGGGCAAUACGCCAUCCAGCCAGUGGCUACGUCCAGGGAAUCAACGACCUGGUCACUCCAUUCUUUGUUGUCUUCCUCUCUGAAUUUGUGGAGGAGGACGUGGAGAAUUUUGACGUAGCGUCCCUGCCUCUGGACACCCAGAGGAACAUUGAAGCAGAUAGUUUUUGGUGCAUGACCAAACUGCUGGAUGGAAUACAGGACAACUAUACAUUUGCUCAGCCAGGGAUUCAGAACAAAGUGAAAGCUUUGGAAGAGUUGGUCAGCAGAAUCGAUGAGGACAUACACAACUACUUCAAGAGAAAUGAAGUGGAAUACCUGCAGUUUGCCUUCCGCUGGAUGAACAACCUUCUGAUGAGGGAACUGCCCCUCCGCUGUACCAUACGCCUCUGGGACACAUACCAGGCGGAACAAGAAGGCUUCUCCCAUUUCCACCUGUACGUCUGCGCUGCUUUCCUGAUAGAAUGGCGCAAAGAGAUCCUCUCCAUGGUGGACUUUCAGGGCCUCCUAAUGUUACUCCAGAACCUUCCCACAAUCCACUGGGGGAACGAGGAAGUGGGCCUUCUCCUGGCUGAAGCAUACAGACUAAAAUACAUGUUCGCUGAUGCUCCCAAUCACUAUAAGCGAUAGGCCUCUAUGGAGCACAGAAUGUAUAACCUUCGGAUAUACUUUUAACAAAUACAUGUUUGCCAAUGCGCCCAUUCGCUAUAAGAGAGAGGUCUCUAUGCAACGGGGAACAGACUGAUUUACUGUCAGAUAUACUUUCAUGAGGAAUUUUGGUUUUAUUCCACUGUGGUUGUGGCUCACAUAUGUAUAACAGCUAGUUUAAUUCAGUCAAAGUGGGAACCCUAAAACCCAUUUGUACAAUGUUUCUUCAUGCAGGUGUUGAGACUUUGGAAGUUUAAUUCCACUAACACUGCAGCGUAUUAUCUCAGAGACACUGGGUAAAUAACCCAGUGGAGUCUGUUACAAUUCCUGCGAGACACUCUUACAAAAAUCUAGAACCUAAAAGGGUACUUUAGCUGUCCCUGUUGGAGAACACUUUGAAGAACCCUUUUUGGUUCCAUGAAAAAAUAUAUUUAGCAUUUCUACAGAGUAUUGUACAUGGAACCCAGCAGUGUUUUACUCUGAACCAUAAAUGGUUCUUUCAUAAAGAAGAUUUGUCGUUUUCUCCUAUGGGCACAACCGAAGAACCCUUCCUGAGAGUGUUGGCAUUCUUUCGGGUCUGGACUUACAGCACUCCUAAAGUAGAUUUGGUAUUGAAACUCAAUACCAUACUGUAGAAAUGAUUAGUCAUUUAUGGCUUUUUGUGUUCAAAUUUAUACUGCCAUCAGUCAGCACGGAUGGUCUCAGAGGUUUUAAAAUACACUGGAUUGAACUCCCGAUGGAAGAUGAAUGUCUGUGUUAUCACUGAUUGUUUUUUUUUUUUUAUCUGACUGAGUUACGUGGCAAAGCAAGCACACAUGUUCUUCUUAUUUUCUUCCCACUGGUUCUCUGGGCUUAACUUGAGCACUUAAAGGCCAGUCCGAAUAUACAGUAUGGUAAAUCGAUGGUACGUUUUCAAAUGUGGUACUUAAGGCUCCACAGCUGCUACUGUAAGAGCCACUGCAUGCCAGUAAAGGGUACCUUAUUUCAGGGCUUAUCUACGGUGAUGCGAUACUGAUGCUGAAUCCCAAUGACUCAAUGUGAAUAGGAUGAGCACGGGGACCUUCUGUUUUAAGUUUGCACUAGAGAAUAUUUAUCAUUUGAACUGGAUCUUAAUUGUGUUACCUUGUCUGAUGACUUGCUAAUUUGUUUUGUAAUGUAUUUUGUAGUGAGACUUAACACGGGGAUUAGUCACACUUUCUGCUCAGAUUAUUUUAAACUGAGGCACAUGGGACAUUUGCAGAAUCGGCCCAAAAUGAAGUUGCCAUUUGCAACUGAUGAGACUCAAGGUUUAUGGGGGAUCUGACACUUGACUAAAUGUGUAUUUUGUACGCCUGCGCUGUUUUUUAACCAUGCACAGGGACUUUUCGCUCUGCCUAUUUCCUUUCUCGAGGAAUACACAGAGCAAACAGUUCAUUUGAAAUCAACGGUCAACAACACAGUGUACCGACCGUUAUUUAAGUACUCCAGGUAGCACGAGAAAUGACGUCAGAAUAACUCUGUUAUUUUCUGUUACAACACUGUCUACUGUUAGUAUGGUUAACUUGAAAACAGACAUCUGUAAACUUUAAUAUUCUAGAAGUGAACGUUGUGUAUACGAAGAAUUGAAAUGUUAAAGAGUUGUAAUACAGAUAGUGACUGUGUUUUGCCUUGCCUCUAAGAAAACUGGUACUAUAUUCACAUCUUGUUCUUUUUUUGGUUUAAGUGUAAAUCACUUAGCAGACGCUCUUAGCAUUUUACCAUAGUAAAUGAAUACAAUUUUUCUUGCUGGGCCCACAUGGGAAUUAAACCUGCCAUCCUGGUAUUGUGAGCGCCAGAGCUCUAACAAUUGAGAUAAAUGGGACCUUGCAUAUGGCUGUAGAUAUUCAAAGGCAACGUUAAAAAAAAAAACUCUUCCUACACAGAAACAUGCUCUACUGAUAAAUGUGCAGUGAACAACUCGGCAGUGCUUCAAUUCCGUAAAGAUGCCUUUUUAAUAAGCAUUUUUAUUGUUCACUGUCUAACAAAGAACUGGAAUGUUAUAAUUGGCUAUGUUUGUUUGUGAAGCACUUUUGUUUCAGUUCAUAUUUGGCUCAUCUAGUAGCUAACUUGACGUGAGCUUAAUAUAGGAGAAGCAGGAAGAGUUACAUUUAAGCAAUGGAAUGUGAAUAUUUAUGUUGCUAUUUCACCAGCCUUCAUACCCGUGUCUCUGCUAUGGUAAGAAAGAACUGACAAUCAUUCUCUAGAUUUCAUCAUCUUAUACUGGCAUUGAGGUUCAGAGCAAAUGUGUAAUGCGGGUUUUGGUGAUUCCAUGAUGACGUUGCAUAAUUAACUGAAGUACUUUUUUUUCACGUUUUUCUUGACAAAUUCUGGGUAUUUUUUUCUCCAAUAAUGUGUUGUUAGUCGGUGGUGCUGGAACUAUAAUGAUAUGAGUAACUUCAUACUGAGGAAACUGAUUGAAAUGCCAUUACAUUUGUACCAGUGUUCUAAUACAGUUUUUUACGAUUCUGCAUGUAGUUCCAUUAACAUCUUGUCUUGUAUACUUAUAUUUUCUUUUAGUUUCAGUUGGACAUGUAUACUUUAUUUGGUUCUCAAAUCAGUGUUUUGGUAGAACAAAAUGUUUUUUGUUUAUUUGUACUUUUGCCUUUAAAGCCUUAAAGUUAUCUGCUCUGUGAUAAUUUUUUUUGUGAUUUCAAUUUUGCGAUUGUAUUAUUCAGUCCAUGUCACAUGGCUUUUCAAAACCUUCACAGCAUUUUAGCUUUCAAAACCGGAUAUACAGGUCUGUGCAACCUGAAUUGUCUACAUUAAAAUUUGCUAUCAGUAAUCCUUAUUUUUCUUACAUUCAAUGCCAAAUUAUUCGGCCAAUAGCUUUUUCUUUCAGUUCAACGCGUAUGUAGACAGUACUGGCUUUAGCCUUAAAUGGAAUAUUACAGUUUUCUGCUGUAUAUGGACUUUUUGUUUAUAUUAAACGAUUGUUACCCUUU